UUCGUAGAGUUUGUAUCGGAGCGGAGUUUUAUUGGCUACAGCAACUUUUAUGUUAAUGAAAAAGAAUCAUUUCUGGCUUAAAAUAUAAUUUGUCCAUAAUAGUGGCCUUUUAAAGGGAGCAUGCGCUUCUAGUUGAUGAAUUAGUAAACCCACGUGACUCAAAACAACAGAGAACAGGUGCCUCGUGAAUGAAGCGCUCAAUAGUAAAAUGUAAUAUCAAUUUUCUCUGCCAUAGACAUAUCCCUCUCUCUCUCUCUCUCUCCGUCGACUUCAGGAUCGUAAAAGUUAUAUUGGAGUAGCACAAAUCCAGCCAGGCCGCUGGUCGGCCUAUCCAGAAUCCACGGAGUGCCAAACAAUGAUGAACACUAAGCAAGGAGUGGGAUUAUCCUCCCUAAAUCCCGGUCAUGUCACGGGAGGGAGGUAUUCCCCACCCUACAGACCCCCCGACCGUAUGCGCUGUGUGACGGGAUCUACGGGUAACUUUUUCGAUGAUGGCAUUCUGUCGCGAGCAGAGGUUUUGGCGGCUGUGGACAUUCCAAAACAGUCAUCACAAAACUUAAUGAAACAUGAUGGACUCUACGGCCACACAGCCGACUUAGGGGGACAUAAUGUCACCCCACCUCGACAUCAAAUGCAAAUGAACUGUCACACGGGCUUUGGUCCCGGGGACUCGAUGUUAGAACAGUUAACAACAAACCAUGGGAUGUCGCUUGGUGGAAUGCCGGAGAACCACUACAGCAUCGCCAAUUCUAUACCACACAGCCACCACCAAAUGUUCCAGCCAAGCGUCUGCACCAAUCUUAACGCAAUGGGAGGCCACCACACAUUUCCCGGACACCACCCUGUACACCACGCUAUACACGACACGGAAUGUGAUCCGCGCGAAUUGGAAGCAUUUGCUGAAAGAUUCAAACAACGCCGUAUCAAAUUAGGGGUCACACAAGCGGACGUAGGGUCUGCAUUGGCUAAUCUUAAACUUCCAGGCGUUGGAUCUCUAAGUCAAAGCACAAUUUGUAGAUUUGAAUCACUAACUCUUAGUCAUAAUAACAUGAUAGCACUGAAACCUAUUCUUCAGGCUUGGUUGGAAGAAGCCGAACGACAGGCGAGAGAAAGAAAGGAAGCGGAAGCUGGUGGUCUAGCAGCUGAGCGGAAGCGAAAACGAACCUCGAUAGCAGCUCCGGAAAAACGAUCACUGGAAGCGUAUUUUGCGGUGCAGCCUAGACCGUCUGGGGAAAAAAUCGCCCAAAUUGCAGAGAAAUUGGACUUGAAGAAAAACGUUGUCAGAGUUUGGUUUUGUAAUCAAAGGCAAAAGCAGAAGCGUAUGAAAUUUUCGGCCGUGGCCCCUCAUUGAAACAUUCUAUGAAUUUCAAAAUUGACGCUUCAUACGCAUAAAAAACUACGGGCACUGGUUGCGUUUAAGUUUUGCAACUAAUAUUUUGCUGAUAAUGUCCACCGGUCUCCUCCUGGGAUCACUUCUGGUCACGGUCAGUAUAAUGUGCUGAAACUUUAAAAAAGGUUAUUCCGGGUACUGAUAUGAAUUGUGUGAGUAUGCUGGUCAAUUUUAUAAUAUUUUAAUACCUAUAAAAUUUGAUUUUUACUUGGUAAUAUGUUGCCUGAACAACAAGCAACACUAGGAGUGAAAAUAAGGUAUUUUGUCUCUGUGUGCUGAGAGUGUCACAUUUUUAUACAAAUGUUUCGACGUAUUGUUUAUUACUUAAAUUAAUACACCUACUUAAUAAUUGAAUAUUUAUUUUACGUUUUAAUGAUUAUCGUAAAUAUUGUGUGAUAUGUUUUAGAAAUGUUAUUUAUUUUUUAAAUUUGUUAUAUUUAUUUACUUCUUAUUUAUUACCUUUGAUUCUGUCUCAUUUAUUGUCGAGAGAAUUUAGAAAAAUCAAUUUUUUUUU